AUGCUCACGCUUGACGGCUCGACCCUCGAAGGCGGCGGCCAGCUUGUCCGAGUGGCCCUCUCGCUUUCAGCGAUCUGCGAGGUCCCCGUGCACAUCUACAACAUCCGCGCCGGCAGAGGAGCGCAUUCGUUCCAAAAGCAGGCUCGCGACAGUCGAAGAAACCAGGGCGGACGGGCUAGCCAAGGAAAUACUGCGACUGCAAAGCAACAGAAGCCUGGGGGUGGGCUUAAGGAAAGCCACCUGGCGGCACUGAGAUGGUUGGCCCUUGAGUGUCAUGCGAAGGUUGACGGUGCAGAGAUUGGCAGCCAAGAACUUACGUUCAGGCCUACUCGACGGAAAGGCGGGCACCAGACUACGAGACGGAGCAAGGCGGAAGGAAAUGGGAGCAAAGAAGUCGAAGUGAUCGAGCUGAAGAACCCCGGAAGCGUCUGGCUCAUCUGGCAGGCGAUUUUCCCGUACAUUGUCUUCUCGAUGCUCCGCCAUCGUGGGUCCGAACGGUCAGAAACACCGCCUUUUCGCAUACGUCUCAAAGGCGGGACGAAUGUUCCGAAAUCGCCGUCGAGCGAAUAUAUGCAGCAGGUACUACUCCCAUUGUGCGAGCGCAUCGGGCUGCCCAAGGUCGACAUCCAGGUCCUCAGGCGUGGAUGGACGACGGGUGCAGCGGAGAUCGGAGAAGUUGAGAUAGCCGUCUUCGAUCCGAAACAAUCUUGGGGAGACAGCGAGGAGAUGAGACCUAAGGCUGAUGGGUUGAUUAAGAAAGAGAAGGGAAAAUCCAGAGAGCAUGACGUCCAGGAUGGUGGAGGUUUCGUCCUCGACCCUUUCCAGCUCACGACCUCUGGACCGAUUACCGUAACCUCCAUCUCAAUGACCAUCCUCGCGGGCUCUUCUCAGACACACUCGCUCGUUCAAUCCCAGCUGCUCCAAUCCCUCCGCGCCAUACCGGCAUUCUCGUCCCUCUCCCUUCCCGUUCAAUUACACUCUUCCUCGGCAGAUUCGGGCGACGAGCGCCGCCUCUAUAUUCUCCUGGUUGCUCACACCUUUGCAGGCCACACGCUUGGCAGAGACUACCUCAGCCCCGGCCGGAAGGUGACGAACGAAAAAGAACGUCAGCGUACUGUAGACGAGGCAGUGGGGAAUGUGGUGCGAGCCUUUGCCAGAGAGUGCACACGGGGAAGCUGUGUGGAUGAAUUUGCGGAGGACCAGCUUGUCAUUUUCCAGGCUCUUGCGGAUGGCGCGUCGAGCGUUGACGUAGGAAAGUCCGGCCAGUGCAGGAACAUGGCCGGAGGGGCGGAAGCAGGGAGUCUACAUACGAGAACUGUGCGCUGGGUAUGUCGCGAGAUGCUGGGGACGGUGUUUGAUGGGCAGGGCAGAUGUGAAGGACGCGGGAUGAAGAGGGAGGAAGGAGAUUUUCACGGGCUGAGGGACGAGUUGGAAGUAUUAAGUAUCGCAGAAGACCAUGACGAGAAAGACUAA